ACAAAAAAAUAAUAGUAGCCGCACGUUUUGUUCUAUCGGACGGUGGAGACCGGCGUACUAGAAUCUUCCCCGCGAGCAGCAUGCGUGUAUAAAAUGGCCCACGGGUGCCAGCCGAGGGAGCGUGGUCUGUCUCGUUUCUUACCGGUCCGUCAUCGGGUUGUCUCGCUCUCGUGCAACGCGCCGUGAUUCAAGGAUCCCGGCAACGCGAUGGGGAAGUCCUACCCGAAGGUGAGCGAGGAGUACCAGAAGGCCGUCGACAAGUGCAAGAAGAAGCUCCGUGGCUUCAUCGCCGAGAAGAACUGCGCCCCCUUGAUGCUUCGCAUCGCAUGGCACUCUGCUGGGACUUACGACGUGAAGACGAAGACCGGGGGGCCGUUUGGGACGAUCAAACACCCGGCGGAGUUGGCUCACGAAGCAAAUAAGGGGCUGGACAUCGCCGUGAGGCUAUUGGAGCCGAUCAAGGAGCAGUUCCCCAUCAUCUCCUGCGCUGACUUCUACCAGCUUGCUGGAGUCGUAGCUGUUGAGAUUACCGGAGGUCCGGAGAUUCCUUUCCAUCCUGGAAGAGAGGACAAGCCUGAACCACCUGAGGAAGGACGCCUGCCUAAUGCCACCAAGGGUGCUGAUCACCUUAGGGAUGUGUUUGGUCACAUGGGUCUGAGUGACCAGGAUAUAGUUGCACUUUCUGGUGGUCAUACGCUGGGAAGAUGCCACGUGGAGCGAUCUGGUUUUGAGGGAGCCUGGACUUCAAAUCCUCUUAUUUUCGAUAACUCAUACUUCAAGGAGCUCCUAAGUGGGGAGAAAGAAGGUCUUCUCCAGCUGCCAUCUGACAAGGCUCUUCUAACCGAUCCUGUUUUCCGCCCACUUGUGGAAAAAUAUGCUGCUGAUGAGGAUGCUUUCUUUGCUGACUAUGCUGAAGCUCACCUGAAGCUCUCGGAGCUGGGAUUUGCUGAGGCUUAAAAGAUGAAUCAGUGGAUGCAGCAUGCUUGGAUGUCUUUAUCUUUUGCAAGUUAGAAGCAGACGAUGGCGAGAACUGCCUUUGCAAUAAGAUUAUAGUGGUCAUGGUCUAUCUUAUGUUAAUGUUUGUGUUUGGUGAUGUAGCAACCUUACGCUGCUUUUUGCUGGAAGUUGGCUUCUAUUUUGGCACAUUGUGUUGCAAUCUUCUCUAUCAAGAGCGCAUUAUAUGCUAUGUUGAUGAUUCAAUCUUAUUUUUCUCUAGUGGUAUUGUUGCUUUAUUUGA